AUGCUACUAUACGAGAAGAGGGAGACAGGGAACAAUUCCAGCGCGUCAACGCGUGAGGACGAGGAAGGCCGUGAUGUUGAAACCAUUCCCCCAUACGAAUACGUCUGCAUUCACCGCCCAUACUUCGACCGGGAAGCCGAGUAUCGGGUGACCGAGGACGAGGGUGAGGAAGGUGGCGUAUCCAAGAAACUUAUUAAAGAAGAGGAGGCUACAGGAAAUAUUUUCCAGCCUUCCACUAAGCAUAAGGAAUGGAAGUGGAUUAUGCUGUGUGAAGGGUGGACGACGUUGUGUGAUUUCAAACGCAAAGUCAAUUUCUGUGAUCCAAAUAAUUUCGGAAUGCACAUUUACAAUGACUGGAAGGGGUAUGGAGUGACAGAAGCAGUGGAGAAUCUCUUGAUUGCGUUUGAUGGGGCGUUGAAAAAAAAGGAUGAGAACAUGUGCUUUCAGGCGUGGGCUAUUGUUAGCUCAAUUGCGCACUGGUUGAAUGAUGGUGUGGACGGAGGAAUGGACUUCAUUCACACCGACGACGGCGACAGGGCCCAAGCGCUCAAUGAACUCGUCGGAUGCGCGCUGCUCACCGCACUUGCUACUAUCGAAUCCGCAGGCGAGCUCAAACCCGACUCCAUGUUCUUGGACCUACCCAUUGUCAUCAGCUCCUUCCUUGAGUGGUCUGAUGACCUUGAAAAGUACGGUAUAGAAGACGACGCCAUAUUCUGGCGCUCGCACGCUGUGGAAUACUUUACCAAAGCAGUACUAGACCCUUCCAGAGGUGUCUUUGGUACUGAGAAGCUGCUGGAGAAACUAAAAGAGGCUCAGGAUGGAUAUGAGGAGGACACAACCGGAAGGUCAGAGAGAGACCCUUGGGCUUGGGGAAAGAAACUCAGGCGAUACAAGAAGAGUUAUGGUCCGAGAAUUGGUGGGUCUAGUUAUGAUAUCACGAAGAUGACUAGGGAGGAGAGGGCAAAGUACGCAUUUGACGGGAAGGACCCGCUGAAGAACAUAUCUGAGAAAGAUAUAAAGCAGGGGAACUUGGCUCUCGCCUAACGCGUCGCGG